AUGCAACCAACGCGGUGUCUGCUGAAGGGCCGCUCCGUGUGGAAAGGACCUCACAUCGUGCCCCUCCCCAUCGUCCGCGUGGUCCCGGGCGAGCGAGUGCGGCCGAUCCGCACGCAGGCGCGCGCCGCCACCAUCCUGCCCAACUUCGUGGGGCUCAAGUUCCAGGUCUACAACGGCAAGGUCUACAACGACGUCACCAUCACCGAGGACAUGGUCGGCCAUAAGCUGGGCGAGUUCUCUCCGUACGUUGGCUUCCUCUUUCUGCUCCUUAUCCCUCUGCGGGUCGAUUAA